AUGAGACUUUCAACAAUCCAGUUGUUAGUCUAUUUUGUGUGCUCAAUACAAGCCUCCCUGGUUUUCUUUCCAAAUUCAUUCAAUGAUUGCACCCCACCAACAAAACCUGUCUGCACGGUAAAUGAAGUUUACUGCGACAACAACUCCAACAAUCCACAAUAUAGUAACGCCAAUUUUAAUGCCGCUUUUGUUGUGUCUGAAGCUGAAAAGAAUGCUGAUGGUAGUUAUAAUGUUGUUGGUAAUUAUCAAGCUGCUCAAUCAGACCAAUUGUUUAACAAUUUUGCACAGAACGUUGAUCAAAUCUACAUUAGCGGAACAGGUGUCAAUGAUGCAACUAUUUACAGUCAAUCAACCAACAACCCAGUCAACAAUCCUUUCAAAUGGUCAGCCAAAUUUCGCUGUCAACCGCAGAUUAAAUUUGGCAAGUGCUGUAUUCCGGAUGGUUUGAAACUCUACUAUAAAUUUAAACAAGGUGGUGCAGGGGGUGCAGUGUUGAAUACGGUUUUUGGACAACAACAACUAAGCUACUACAAUACCAACCCUUUAUCUGGGGACGCUCAACUAUAUGAUCCCAACAAUUUGUUCAAUCAACAAUUGUCGUUUCACAAGAGAGACGAAGAAGCUGAUGUCGACCAGAGAACUGAAUUGAGUAAAAGGACCUCAAAUGGGUUGCUCAAUUUAUUGAUUAGCUGCACUAAUAAGCACCAAGGAAUUAAGCAAUUCUGUUGGGAUUGUG